CGGGCAACGCGCCGCGCCGCGCCGGAAGCGCGUCACGGCGGGGCCGGGGCGGAGGAGCCGGGCGGGCGAUAGCGUGAAGUCAUGGCUAUCCUGUUCGCUGUUGUGGCGAGGGGCACAACCAUCCUUGCCAAGCAUGCCUGGUGCGGAGGAAACUUCCUGGAGGUGACGGAGCAGAUCCUGGCGAAGAUACCUUCCGAAAACAACAAGCUGACCUAUUCACAUGGGAAUUAUCUGUUUCAUUACAUCUGCCAAGACAGGAUCAUAUACCUCUGCAUCACGGAUGAUGACUUUGAACGUUCCAGAGCCUUCAACUUCCUGAAUGAAAUCAAGAAGAGAUUUCAGACCACGUAUGGCUCAAGAGCACAGACAGCCCUUCCCUAUGCAAUGAACAGCGAGUUCUCAAGUGUCUUAGCUGCGCAGCUGAAAUACCACUCGGAGAGCAAGGGCACUGACCAGGUGGCAGAGACGCAAGCCCAAGUUGAUGAACUUAAAGGAAUCAUGGUUCGAAACAUAGACCUCGUGGCACAAAGAGGAGAGAAGCUGGAGUUGCUGAUUGAUAAAACCGAGAAUCUUGUGGAUUCGUCGGUCACUUUCAAAACUACCAGCAGGAACCUUGCUAGAGCCAUGUGUAUGAAGAACCUCAAGCUCACCAUUAUCAUCAUCAUUGUAUCAAUUGUUAUCAUCUAUAUCAUUGUAUCGGCUGCCUGUGGUAAGCUUGCAUAGCCAACCUGUGUGCAGAAGUACCGGGAGCAGUUGGUGCUGGUCAGUUGGAGAUGAGAAUCACAGGAGCGUGAAGAAGCAACCUACAGAAUAACUCUUAAUCUUUCACUACUGACACCUUCUCAUUCUUCAUCCCUCCAGGACUUGAGACUUCUUUGCCUUAUCACCCCAAACAGGCCCAGCUGGUCGCUGCUUCUGUGCAGCUGUAACCUCAAGAAUGGGCUGUUUUAAAUUACUUGAAGGGAUUUUGUUUGUUUGUUUUUCUGUCCCAUCUACAGCCUUCUCAGCUGGGUAGGCGGUACAGCCGGCUCUGGAGGGUACACGCAUGCUUGCCCACGUGCCCCUGCAGCUUUGCACUUUCAUGCGAGUGCACAAGCGAAGAACUACGGUUUAGCAACCGUCCUACUCACAAGGAUGGCACUGGAGGGUAGCUCAGGGUGGGCUGAGCCAAACAAAUGGGAGAGACACAAGUUGGUGUGUGUGUUUCCAUUUCCCACACAUGGUGGGGAUCCAGGUGCCCCUCCCUGCACAUCUGGCCUCUUGCAGUGUUUCAACAUGUAGCGGUUGCAAGUGCAAUACUGGUAGUAAGAAAAUGGCUUUGGGGCUGGGCUUUAUGCACUGUAAGAUAGAUGUAGGUGCUGCUUCUGUAUGAAAUCUCCUUUUUCCUGGUGGUCUUUCUGCAGUUGGUAGGAGAGGGUGUUAGGUCCCCUCAGUGCUUUGAAAUGGCCUCCUCUUCAUCAACAUUUCCUCUCCCUUCCCUUUAAUUUGUGGCUAAAUCAAUCCAGUAAAGGAGACCAUUCCAUAUAGUUAAGGUUGCAAUAAUGCAUACGCUUUGUCACCUAUUAUUUCUCUUGUUCUUUUGAGGUUGGACUAAAAUGAAUAUUAAUGUUAUGCUAAGGUGAAGUUGGGGGGCCAAUCAAGGCCAACCUAUCAAUCUGGCUUAAGGUGUCAGGUAUUAGCUGCUUGUGCUUCUACUCAGAAGGUUUGUGCUAAGAACUGAAGACAGAGAAGGAACAGAAGACGAGUUGAAUGGAUGGUUGCUUUCUCUAUGGUCUGAAGCAUAAAAGAUCUUUCAGAGGAUGUAGUAGCAGGUGUUCCUGUGUGCAAAAAAAAAAAUAAUAUAUAUAUAUAUGCCCAAAUCUCCAAGGCUAAUAACCAAAUGUAGGAUCAGGUACCCUGGUAAUGUGCUGCUAUCAAGAGUAUAGGGACUGCUCUGCGUAGCGUUGGAAGCUGUGAUCACUAUUUUUGCCCCAUCUGGAUAUCUGGAUUACCAGGCCACAACCCCCAGACAGCCCCAGGCUGGGGGCUGUGCAACAAGCAGGCGGGGCAGCGUGGUGGCUGGAAGUCCUGGCUGACUGGAACAGGAGCUGUUGUUGCCUGGGGCGCGAGGAGCGUGGGACUUGCAUCUCAUAUCCUAAAGGACUAUUUCCAAGAGAAGAAAUGGAAACACCUGAAAUCUCAUAAAAGCAUCAAGUGGUAUAAGAAGGAAGCUGCAUUGCUCUGGCACAAGGAAGUGACUUCUAAGGGUGGGUGGAAGCCGUGCAGGUGUGGGAAAGGGAUGCUCAAUUUGGUGACUCGACUCUGACACUUGGUGCCAUGGGUUCCCUGAGCCCUGCAACACAGGCUUGCCACAGGCAGGACAGUGAUACUGAAUGGCUGCUCCUUCACAUGCUUUGCUCGGUGUAUGGUACGUUGACCCUGGAGCUUUCCAGCAGGUGCCACGUAAAAAGUUUUCCUGUAAACUUGCAUGGUUAUUUGGAUUUGACUGAUUUUACUGAUGGUAAUCAGAUCUUGGAUAUCCAGAAAGUGCCAGUGGUUCUGAUCGGUACUGCAGUCACGGGCCUUGGUUUCUAUUUUGUGUUAAGCCACUGUAAAGCAGAGAAAGACUUCUUUCCUCUUACCUGGAAGUGGAUGUGGAAGAGAGCCCUACUUCCCCUCCGUAUUAUCCCUACAGCCUCCCCCCCGCUCAGUGUACAAUUGUGCAUGUUUUAGGGAUCGUUGAUGUUACUGUGUUAAUUUCUAUGAUUUGUUGUCUUAUGUACAAACACUUUUUAAUGAAGACUUCCUUUUCUUUUAAAGGAUGCACUGAGAUAUUAGUGUAAAAACAAAGUUAACCUGAUUUAAAUAAAAUUACUGUACAGAAAGCAGGUUUCCUCACUUUUGUGAAAGGCUGCCUGGCGCUAGAUGCAGAUGGUUGGUAGGAGUUACUCUGUGAAACCAGUGUGGCUGUGGGGAUGUGGGUCUCCCUGUGUAAUGCUACAGCUCCAGGCCUGGUGUCACCCUGUGUGGCUGCUUGACAAAUCACACAAAGUCCUGCUGUGAAACAGUUCCCACGAAGUCCGUGUGUAAUUUCUCAGCUUUGAGAGGGUUCUGACCUAGCUCUGAUGCAGGUGUUAGAGCCUGUCAUGACUUGACAAGGGCUUUAUUUCUGAUGAUGGAAAGAAUCUGCUUCUUCCUGGUUUUAACUUAGAGCAUCUGUGAGUGCCUGGGACAGAGGGAUGCUGAGGAUACAGGACAGGAUGGCUGCUUGCUUGUGGCACUUAUGGGGGUGGAGGGAAUAUAAAAGGAAGUGAUGAUACAGGCAGUAGUGCUAUCACUUGGAAGCUAAAUAAAAAUUAGUGUGAAAACACAUUUUAAGGCAAUUUUCAGUGACAUGAGAUGAAACCCCUGUGUCAGGCAAAAUCUCUAAUAAUAAUAAUGGAUAUCUUUCCUCUCUCUGGUCUUAGCUGGGAAGAACCCAUCUUUUCUGGAAGAGUUUACCAUACUCUACUGGACUGGUUUACUGCAGCUGGUGGCUAAGUUCACUGCCUUGCACUUGAGUCUCUGUUUAAAAAAAAAGGCAAAAAAGCCUGGUAGCCUUUCAUCUACCUCAGGAAUGUUAAGUGGCUGUAGUAGUGUUAGGUGCUGGAAUCAGACUCAUGCAUCAGUAUGAGGGGCUUGGAUUUCCUCUUAAACUUGCAGAAACUGUUCAAGUUCAGUUGAUUGUUAUCUUGGUGUGAGGUAAAGAAAACUUGCAUCCUAAUGAUGGCUGCUAGGGCUUAGGGAUGAUACAGAACAUCAAAAUCCAAAUGAAGAUCACCUGCUCUAAGCCUGCCUGGGAAAAUGAAAGGAUUUAUCUUGACUUAACAUCUCAUUAGUCUGGUAGUUCUUACGGAGCUGGGUUUUGUGCUUCAUGCUCCUGAUCUGCGGACCAAAAGCAAGCAUACAGUUCUCUUCUGAGGAGGGAUAACCAUCUUCAAGUGCUUGUUGGUAUCAGGUGUAUAUUUAAAAUGCCCAUGAAGCAAGCAGAAGCUAACCUCAGAAUAGGGCCCUGAUUAACCUUUUGGCUUGCUUCCUCUAAAUUAGCCUCAGCUGUCUAGAAACAUGUACCUAAAAAUGACUCAGACAGCUCUCUUGCAGUUCACA